AUGAGUUCACAAUCCACUCCAAUCAAAAAUGAACCAAAAUAUAUUACCGUAGCGAUCAGUUAUGAAAAACUUGCCAGAGAAAAACGAUGGUUUAAUGAAAACAUGUCUGUGUUCCCCAUUUCUAUGGAGAAUGCACGAAAAUAUGUUGAACUGAAAAGAGCAACAUGUAGUCUAAAAAGUCUUCGAUGGUAUAUUGAUAAUUUAGCACAUUAUCAUAUAAAUGUAUUGAACAUAAACUGGAGAAAAGAUAAAGUGCUAGCGAUGCUAAAUGAUGGAAUUAAUGAAAGUGACGUUAAACCGAUGGAUUGUGUAGAAAAUUGUGAUGUGAGUUCUCAAAAGAUAUUCAAUAAAAAGAGAUUGGCUGAGUCUUUAUCAGGGGAUGAAAAUAACGAAAUCGAUGAAAAAUAUGUACGGCGUUCCCAACGAUUAUUUCAACAAUUUCAUUAUAAUCGUCAUGUACAUGUACAACGAAAGCGGAAAAGUAACGGACAAGCCGACAAUGAUUACAAAACUCGGUUUGAGACAGCACUUGAGCAAAUUCAAUCACGUUACGUUGAUACCUGUCUCCAUCAUUUAGAAGGAUGUUUUCAAUUUGAUGCAAGGCACCAUCUUUUGUUGACGGAAAAUAUGAUGCGUCAUUGGGCAUCUCUAAUUGCAUCUGGUGAUGAUGUUAAUGUAUCAUCGCCACCUUCAUUUGAAGAAACACCUGAAUUUAGCAUUAAUAAUGCUAU